AUGUCGGCAGGCCCAGGGCAGUCCUCUGCGCCAUCUAAAUUGACCGGUACCUCCAGUCAGCCAGUGUCAUAUCCGCAGUCGCAGUCGCAGUCUUACUCGUUUGGACCAGACGCUGCGUCUCGUCGAGUCUCUGGGCCGCUCGUUGGAGGCCAGUCAUCGAGCAACCUAGCUUCAGCAAGGAACAACCAGUCAAAAAAGGCGAAUCACAAGCGUCAGCGUAAACCUCGUUUGAUAGAUGAGGAUGCUAUUGCUGAAGCUACAGCCAUGAGGUCGACUUCUACCAGAAAGGGCCAGACCUCCAUCACCCAUCUGAUGAACUUUUCUCUACCUCCGCGCCCUCAUUCAUCUCUGUUCCGGCCGCAUCGUAACGUAACUUAUCACUCUGGGUACCACCGUGUUGACAAGGCGAGAUAUGUUAAUGCAAACUACCGGUUUAUUGUGAAUCCGACGAAAAGUUACCAUGCACAAGCCACUAAUGCGGACGUUCACCUGGAUUGGGACACCGUGCUGCAAGUGUUGGUGUCGACGUCUUCGCAACCGACGAGCUGUCCCAUCUGCCUGUGUGUCCCCGUAGCCCCUCGGAUGGCCAAGUGUGGACAUAUUUUUUGUCUGCCCUGCGUCAUCCGCUUUAUCCAGACCGUCGAUGAUCCAAACUCUGCUCCCAUUAAAAAGGCAAGAUGGAAGAAGUGUCCAAUAUGCUGGGAUCCGGUCUACAUGUCCGAAACACGAUGUGUACGGUGGUAUUCUGGGCAGCAGAUCGAUACGCUUAUGGAAGGUGGUGACGUCUUCCUCAGACUUGUCAUGCGUCGGCCCGGCAGCACCCUGGCCCUUCCCAGAGAUGGGGCUGACAGGCAUGGGCAUGCACCCGAUGACGACCUGCCGUGGUAUAACGCUGCAGAAGUAACCGACUAUGCGCGGUUUAUGAAAGGCGGAGAGGAUUACAUGAUGUCACAAUACGAUGCUGAGCUCGAGGCGCUUGAAAAGCAAGAACAGGAGGAUGAGCUCCUUUUCGGACAGGAUUCGACAUGGACCCAGAAGGCUAUGACAGCCAUCAGAGAGGCCAAAGAGAAGAUAAAGGGCAUUGGCAACCCACCUUCUUUCCAUAGACACGUUGCGGAUGGGCAGAAACAUGAGCAAGAUCCAUCCACAGCUGUUGGACUGCAUGCUUCAGAAGGCUUGGAUACGCUUGCUCCUGGGAAUUUGUCCACCGAACCACCGUCAAAUUCGAUACAAGAUACUGCUCUCAGUACGAAUACAAGUCUACCGGGUGAAGACGAAGCUAUCUCGUCAACAAUGUCCAAGCUUGAGAUACAGCCCCAGCCGGCCAUCAAGCAGGCUUUGUCGGAGGAAAAACCACUCCCUCCGUCUAUAAAUGAAUCAGAGAGGGCUCACCCUCCCGAUAUACCAUAUUAUUUCUACCAAGCUCUACCCCAUUUCUAUCUUUCGUCGCUCGACAUACGAAUUCUAAAGUCUGCAUUCGGCGACUUUUCUCUCUUCCCCUCGACCAUAUUACCCAGAGUCGAACACAUAUCUACAGGCCAUAUUAUGGAUGACGAUUUGCGCAAGCGUGUCAAGUAUCUAAGCCAUCUGCCCUACGGCUGCGAGCUCACCUUUCUAGAAUGCGACUGGACCGACCUUGUCAGCCCCAGCGUUCUCGAAAAGUUCAGCGCAGACAUCGAACGACGGAGAAAACGAAACCGCGAAAAGGCGACGCGCGAAGAAAAAGAGCGUAUCCGUGCAGAAAGAGAGGAAGACGAGAAGCGACUGGCCCCUAGUCGACGGAAGAGACUGAGCCUUUCGUCCCCUAGUGAACGGCCCUUUAGUGCCAGUGACUUCCAGCCACUUGGCAGUCUAACGAACGAAGACCAUGUAGACACAAGCGUUUCCACGGCUUCGCCUCCGUGGUCUUCCACCCAAAACCGCAACCAUCAGUCCUUUGCGGCUUUAGCUACACCAUCAAACAGUCCGCCUUCCCGCCGGACAGUGUGGGGUACAGCAAUAGUUGAAUCCAGUUCUCCCGCCGCAGGUUCGAGCCAGGGCGCCUUUCCGCCCAACCAUGACGACGGCUGGCUUCAGGACUGGGAAGCAGAGCUCCUGGCUGAACAGCAGGAGUACAUCAUAAAUGGCGCCAACAACAGUGGCAGCAGUGGAAAGAACAAGAACACGCCAGGUGCCACACCUGGUAAAAAGAAGAAGAAUAAAAAGAUCACAUUGAUGUCGACCAAUGCACGACGAGCUGCAUAG